AUGUCUCUCCCACCCAGCCCAGCCGUCGUGGCACCUUUCAGUUACUAUGCCCUGCCAAACGAGCUGCUGGCCCGCAUCCUGACUCUGGCGGGGAAGCGCGAGGGGCGCAGCAUUGUGUGCGUGUGCAAGCGGUGGGAGCGCCUCUUCUUUAAGCAGCCCCUCCUGUGGCGCACCUUUGCGCUGGCGCCCGCCAGCCCCACCUUCCCGCGUGGCGGCGCCAGCCGUGAGCAGCGGGACGAGAUGUGGGCCGGCUGGUUUGAGGCGCAGCACCGCAUGCUGGCACGCGCGCCACCCUAUGUGGAGGUGUUUGUGGCAGGCAGCCCGCCUCCGCGCCGUGGCGGAGAUGUUCGCCUGGCCCGCUACCACUGUCGCAGGCGGCGCUGGCUUCUGGGAGAUUUCCUGGCGCUGCUGCGCCCAGAUGUGCUGCGCGAGGCUAUGCUGUGGUGGGAAGUGAACAAAGCUGAUGUGAAGGCACUGCGGCGCUUCCAGCGGCUGGAAUCAGUACUGCUGCACGAGACGGACCUGAAGCAGCAGGCAGUCGCCCACAUGCCAGCUCUGCGCAGCCUGGAGCUGCACGCGAAUGACAUCAGCCAGCAGGAGAGGGAAGCCAUCCUGGAGCUGACUCAGCUGACCCACCUGGCGCUGGUGCCCUUCUGUGUCCUCACAGCAACCUUCUCUGAGCCCGAGGAUGCGCAGCUGCUGCAGCUCACACGCCUGCAGCAGCUGCGGGAGCUCCGUAUCACACACCGCCCCACCCUGUAUCAGUUCGAGGCGGAGGAGUUCUAUCACGAACGCGAGGGCGUGCUGGAAAUUCCACCACCCAGCGCCUUUCCAUUCUUGGAGAAGUAUCAGCUGUCCUUGCUGCCCCAUGAUUGGUAUCGCUGGCACUUCAGCGUCGGUGGGGCCAGUUUCAUGAGCUGCCAGUAUGAUGAUGACUUAGCCGGGUAUGGGCAACUGAAGAUUGACUAUGUCAGCAGGCUGGAUUCCCUGCAGCAGCUGAUUUCGGCGCUUCUGCCAGAGGGUAUGCCUCUGUCAGCCCUCUACAUCAGGCAUGUCGCAGACAGCGUGCUGCAGGCUGCAGACGUCCAGGGCUGUACCACCCUGGCAGGCAUCGACUCGCUACUGCCUGCCAGCCUGGUGGCCAAGCGAGCUAUGGGACGGCUGGUGCUAAAUGGCAACAAGCUGCAAGACAUCCCGCCCGGCCCUUAUCUCGAAGCCACUGCACUCAGGCGCCUGGAGCUGGAUGAGAACGCAGAGCUGGCGCUGACCGAGGCAGAUGUCGACAUGCUGUGCGGCAUGCCAGACCUUCGUGUGCUCGUCAUGAGCACCGCCAACACUCCUGCCUCGGUGCUGCAGUCCUUGCACGCCAGAAUGCCUCUCCUGGGGCACUGGGAGAGCUGGAAGGAUCUGGAGCGGGCAACAGAGCCUGAGACAGCGGCGGAGGUGUAG